CAAUCCAACAUGAACGACGAAGCAGAUCCAGCUCUUCAAUUCUUUCCAGAUGGCAAAGUGGACUUGUAUGGUGCACUUGGAGUAAACAAAGAAGCAACAGAAGAUGAAAUAAAGAAAGCCUAUCGAAAAGCAGCACUGAAAUAUCAUCCAGAUAAACAAAAAGGCAACGAAACAGAAAAACAAGAUGCUUCUUCCAAAUUUCAACAGAUCGGAUAUGCAUAUGCAGUAUUGUCCACACCUGCUAGAAAGGCAAGAUAUGACUCUACCGGCAGAACGGAUGAGAGUAUGUUUGAAGAAGCGAUGGAUUGGAAUGCCUACUUUAAAGAAUUGUGGACUGGUGAAGUGAAUGCUGAUACUUUGGACGAAUUUAAACAAAAGUACCAAGGAUCAAAAGAUGAACGUGAAGAUAUUCUGGAAGCAUAUAAAGCCACACAAGGACAUUUGGCCGAAAUGGUGGAUCACGUCCCUUACAUGUCUCUACGAGUGGAUCGAGUACGAGUAGAAAAAGUUGUUGAAGAAGCAAUCAAAGAGGAAGACAUAAAGAGGACAAAACAAUGGGACAAGACACGUAAAGACAAAAAGCUAAUCGAACAAGCAGAAAAGAAAGAAGAGACAGAAGAAGCAGAAGCGAUGGAAAUGGCACGCGAGAUGGGCGUUUAUGAUGCUUUGUUCGGAGAUGAAGCAGCAAAAGCAAAAUCUCGUGCAAAUGGAAAAGGUAAAGCACAAAAACGUAAACAGGAAGAUGAUGAAGAAGGAGAUCUUGCUGGAUUGCAGAACUUAAUCGCAAAGAGAAAUCAGAACCGGGGACAUCAGAUGGACAACCUGAUCGCAAAAUUGGAAGCUGAAGCAGGAGCCAAAAAGAAGCAGGACGCCGGACCUACAACCGAGCCUUCGGAAGAAGAAUUUGCUCGUAUUCAAGCAAGCAUCGAUGCCAAGCGCAACAAGAAAACCAAAUCAAGGUGA